GAUUGCGGCUCCGCUGAGCGCGGCCCCCGCGAACGCCACCGCCCCGGCCCCGGCCUGGCUCCGGCCCGCACCCACCUAGACCCCACGCGCCAGCCGUAGCGCAGGCUCCAGGGGCGCUGCCCGGCCCGAGGGAAAUACCAGCAACGAUCACCUGCUCAACUUCAACAGACACACAAACCCUACAAACUUUUAAGUUAAAAGGUAGAUCUGCCUCAUCAACCUCUGCACUGGCCUCUUGGUUUGACAGGAUUCAUGAAAACACCAGGUAUCAGGAGUGGCAGCCAGAGUUUCCAUUGCAUGUUAAUACAUUCUUAAAGAUUGGACUUUGAGAUUAAUGAACAUAGUUACCAGGAAGUUGUCUUGUAACAUCAUCAUUAGAAGAAAUUCUAUGUAGUUCUAAUAUUUCAAAGAGGGUGCUGUGCUACAAAAAUGAUUACUUCAGAUUUGCCGGUGUUACAGGAUUCAACAAAUGAAACUACUGCACAUUCAGAUGCUGGCAGUGAGCUUGAAGAAACAGAAGUCAAAGGAAAGAGAAAAAGGGGCCGUCCUGGCAGGCCUCCAUCUGCCAAUAAGAAACCUCGAAAGUCUCCAGGAGAUAAGAGUCGUUCUGAACCUGGAACUAGAGGAAUAGGUCGUGGAAGAGCUAAUGGUCAUCCUCAACAGAAUGGAGAAGGCGGGGACCCUGUCACUUUGUUUGAGGUGGUGAAACUGGGGAAAAGUGCGAUGCAGUCUGUGGUGGACGACUGGAUUGAAUCAUAUAAGCAAGACAGGGAUAUAGCGCUUCUGGAUUUAAUCAACUUCUUUAUCCAGUGUUCAGGAUGUCGAGGUACUGUAAGAAUUGAAAUGUUCAGGAACAUGCAAAAUGCAGAAAUCAUCAGGAAAAUGACUGAGGAAUUUGAUGAGGACAGUGGUGAUUACCCACUUACCAUGCCUGGGCCACAAUGGAAAAAAUUUAGAUCAAACUUUUGUGAGUUCAUUGGAGUGCUGAUUCGACAGUGUCAGUAUAGCAUCAUUUAUGAUGAAUAUAUGAUGGAUACAGUGAUCUCUCUUCUGACUGGUUUGUCGGAUUCCCAGGUCCGAGCUUUCAGGCAUACCAGUACACUUGCUGCUAUGAAGCUUAUGACUGCUCUUGUGAAUGUUGCCUUAAACCUUAGUAUUCACCAGGAUAAUACACAGAGGCAGUAUGAAGCUGAGAGAAACAAAAUGAUUGGUAAGAGAGCUAAUGAAAGAUUGGAGCUGCUGCUUCAAAAAAGGAAAGAGCUGCAAGAAAACCAAGAUGAAAUCGAAAAUAUGAUGAACUCUAUUUUUAAGGGUAUAUUUGUUCACAGAUACCGUGAUGCUAUUGCUGAGAUUAGAGCCGUUUGUAUUGAGGAAAUCGGAGUGUGGAUGAAAAUGUACAGUGAUGCCUUCCUGAAUGAUAGUUAUUUAAAAUAUGUUGGUUGGACACUACAUGACAGGCAAGGUGAAGUGAGGUUGAAGUGUUUGAAAGCUCUACAGAGUCUGUACACCAACAGGGAGUUGUUUCCUAAACUGGAGCUAUUUACUAACAGAUUCAAGGAUCGCAUUGUAUCAAUGACACUUGAUAAGGAAUAUGAUGUCGCUGUGGAAGCCAUUCGAUUAGUCACUCUAAUACUUCAUGGAAGUGAAGAAGCUCUGUCCAAUGAAGACUGUGAGAAUGUUUAUCACUUGGUGUAUUCGGCACACCGGCCGGUUGCAGUAGCAGCUGGAGAGUUCCUUCAUAAAAAACUAUUUAGCAGGCAUGACCCCCAGGCAGAAGAGGCAUUAGCGAAGAGGAGAGGACGGAACAGUCCAAAUGGGAACCUCAUUAGGAUGUUGGUUCUUUUCUUUCUUGAAAGUGAGUUGCAUGAACAUGCGGCUUACUUAGUGGAUAGUUUGUGGGAGAGCUCUCAAGAACUACUGAAGGAUUGGGAGUGCAUGACAGAAUUGCUACUGGAAGAACCAGUUCAAGGAGAAGAAGCAAUGUCUGACCGACAAGAGAGUGCUCUGAUUGAGCUGAUGGUGUGUACAAUUCGACAAGCUGCUGAAGCACAUCCACCAGUGGGCAGAGGGACUGGCAAGAGAGUGUUAACUGCAAAAGAAAGGAAAACUCAGAUAGAUGACAGAAACAAAUUGACUGAACAUUUCAUUAUUGCGCUUCCUAUGUUACUUUCAAAGUAUUCUGCUGAUGCAGAGAAAGUAGCAAACCUUCUGCAAAUCCCUCAGUAUUUUGACCUGGAAAUCUACAGUACAGGCAGAAUGGAGAAGCAUCUGGAUGCCUUGUUAAAGCAGAUUAAGUUUGUUGUGGAGAAACAUGUAGAAUCAGAUGUUCUAGAAGCCUGCAGUAAAACCUAUAGCAUCUUGUGCAGUGAAGAAUAUACCAUUCAGAAUAGAGUUGACAUAGCCCACAGCCAGCUGAUUGAUGAAUUUGUGGACCGAUUCAACCAUUCAGUAGAGGAUCUGCUGCAGGAGGGAGAAGAAGCUGAUGAUGAUGAUAUAUACAAUGUGCUUUCCACUUUGAAGAGAUUAACUUCUUUUCAUAAUGCUCAUGAUCUCACGAAAUGGGAUCUGUUUAGUAACUGCUACCGAUUACUGAGGACUGGAAUUGAACAUGGAGCUAUGCCAGAACAGAUAGUUGUUCAGGCACUACAGUGUUCUCAUUACUCUAUUCUCUGGCAGCUGGUGAAAAUCACAGAAGGGUCCCCCUCCAAAGAGGACUUGUUGAUAUUGAGGAAAACUGUGAAAUCCUUUCUGGCUGUCUGCCAGCAGUGCCUAUCGAAUGUCAACACUCCAGUCAAAGAACAGGCUUUCAUGCUGCUCUGUGAUCUCUUGAUGAUUUUUAGCCACCAGCUGAUGACUGGAGGUAGAGAAGGUCUUCAACCUUUGGUGUUCAAUCCAGACUCUGGGCUCCAGUCUGAACUCCUUAGCUUUGUGAUGGAUCAUGUCUUCAUUGACCAAGAUGACGAGAACCAGAGCAUGGAGGGAGAUGAAGAAGAUGAAGCUAACAAAAUAGAGGCUUUACAUAAAAGAAGGAACCUUCUGGCAGCCUUUAGCAAACUUAUUAUCUAUGAUAUUGUAGACAUGCAUGCAGCAGCAGAUAUCUUCAAACACUAUAUGAAGUACUACAAUGACUAUGGCGAUAUCAUUAAGGAAACAUUGAGUAAAACAAGGCAAAUUGAUAAAAUCCAAUGUGCGAAGACACUGAUUCUCAGUUUACAGCAGCUGUUUAAUGAGCUUGUUCAGGAACAAGGUCCCAAUCUGGACAGGACGUCUGCCCAUGUCAGUGGGAUUAAAGAACUGGCCCGUAGGUUUGCCCUCACCUUUGGGCUGGAUCAGAUCAAGACAAGAGAGGCUGUAGCCACACUGCACAAAGAUGGCAUAGAAUUUGCCUUCAAAUACCAGAAUCAAAAAGGACAAGAAUAUCCACCUCCUAACCUUGCUUUCCUUGAAGUGCUUAGCGAAUUUUCUUCUAAACUCUUGCGGCAGGACAAAAAGACUGUUCACUCAUAUUUGGAGAAGUUCCUGACAGAGCAGAUGAUGGAAAGGAGGGAAGAUAUAUGGCUUCCACUGAUUUCCUAUAGAAAUUCACUAGUGACUGGGGGCGAAGAUGACAGGAUGUCUGUGAACAGCGGAAGUAGUAGCAGCAAAGCAUCUUCAGUGAGGAAUAAGAAAGGACGACCUCCACUUCACAAAAAAAGGGUGGAGGAUGAGAGUCUGGAAGGCUCAUGGCUAAACAGGAACGACACCAUUCAAACUCCAGGGGCUCUGCAAACACCACAGCUCACUUCAACUGUAUUGAGAGAGAACACUAGACAAAUGGGAGAGCAGAUUCAAGAGCAUGAGUCAGAACAUGGAUCUGAACAAGAUUUUUUACACAAUCCUCAGAUGCAGAUAUCUUGGUUGGGCCAGCAGAAGCUAGAAGAUUUAAAUCGAAAGGACAGGACAGGAAUGAAUUACAUGAAAGGGAGAAGUGGUGUAAGACAUGCAGUACGGGGUCUAAUGGAGGAUGAUGCUGAGCCCAUCUUUGAAGAUGUAAUGAUGUCCUCACGAGGUCAGCUAGAGGAUAUGAAUGAGGAAUUUGAAGACACCAUGGUCAUUGAUCUGCCACCUUCAAGAAACAGACGAGAACGAGCUGAAUUGAGGCCGGACUUCUUUGACUCUGCAGCUAUCAUUGAGGACGAUUCAGGAUUUGGAAUGCCUAUGUUCUGAAGUCUGGGGAAGACGUUUUACAAAUUUGGAACUCUAUUGUUUAGAGCUAGAGGCCUAUAUACUGUGAUAGCUUGUAUGAAAACCACAUUUUUGAUGUGAUAUGGUUUGAUUUUUAACCAAAUGAAUAAGGUCAAUCCCAUUUUGUAGUGAAGGAGAAGAGGACCUUCUUAAUGAUACAAAGGAAUGUUGGCCAGUCCAAUCACCUCAGAAAGGCUGACCUAAAAGAAUCAUUUGUAUCCCUGUUCUUGACUGUCCUUAUACAAAUGUUUUUUUUCUGGAUGGGAAGGGAGUUUUAAAUUGUUAAGACAGCUGUCAAAAUAAACACUGUUCUACACAUGUUUUCUGAAAACAUUGAAUGAAAACAAAAAACUUUUUAACUUUAUUUUUCUGCUGUACAUUUUAAAACUGUUUUAACAUUUGCCUUUUUAUGUUUUAAAAGCUAGCCAUUUUUAUUAAACCUAUGCCUGUCAGCAACUGACUAGCAAUGAUGCUAUAAGCAGGUCAUCCUGGCUGCAGAAAUGUGUUUUUAAACACACUGGAUUUGAUUAACAGUAUGGUACGUGUAUAUCCUCUCAUAGGCAUUGAAAAGAGCAGAACACUCUUACAAAAGAAGUUAGAAUUCUAAUGAAGUGCAUCUCUGCCAAAAAAGUCAGAUUCUGAUAUGAUAAACCCAGAUUUUAUACUCUUGAGAAGAUUUAUUUUUAUUUAUAAUGGGGCAUAAAAUAAGAGAUGUCCAUGAAGCCACUUUUCCAACAGAUGCUGUGUAACAUUCAUUUUAUAUAGCACUAGGGGACACAAAAACAGUACAUUUUCUAUUGGUACUUGCUCUGUGCAUUUUUAGCAACUUAUACCAGCAAAUAAAGUAUUCUCAGUAAAACACACAAAUGGUUCUCAAGUAGUCACUUUGCUGUUUUUACUACCUAUUUCGUGCCCUGCCAAUCCAAGGUACAUAAACAGCAACUUUCCUAUAUAAAAUAGAUCAAGGGUGGGGAGGGGGGGAAGGAAUCGCUUUAGCAUUCUAAAAGCAAUUUUAACUGUACCAUAUAAAAAUGUCUACUUUCCAUGCCGCAAAUACCCUUUUGUGCUAUUUUUGUAAAUUAAUUUUGCCAGUUAGAAGUACUGUAUGUGCUGCAUAGAAAUUUGUGCUUAGAUGGUGAAGUUCUUAAGCUUACAAUGGAAUACAGCUACAUUUUCAGUGUUAACUGUGCAUAUUAAGAGUAAUUCUUUGAAAAAUACAGAUUUUCAAAAAAGUAAAGAAAACCCAAAAAGUUCUCAGCUAAUUCAUUGUAAUAAGAGAUGUUCAGUGUCUUCAAUGAUUUGGAAUCUCAUUAUGCUUAGAUUUUAUGACUGCCUAGUAGCUGCUACUGUAGUUUAAAACUGGCCUGAUAUUCAGAGGUGCUGAACACCCACAACUCCCACAGACUAAAGCACCUCUGAAAAUUAGCACCAAAACAUUAAUCUUCCUUUCUGAGUUUGAAUGUUAGCAUUUGAGAUACAAAGCAUAUUGACCCACUUCAAGCACAGCAGGUUUAGAGUUGCUUUUAUUAGCAACUGCAAAGUUAUCGUGGAGCUUUCUCUUUUACGAAGUCAUUUGGAAAAAAACAACAUGUACACCUAGUACUUACCUUUGGGGAAGGAAAAACAACUAAUGUAAAAACAAAUCAUUCUUUUCAUUCUUUUAAUAGCUGAGAUUUUUCUCAAUGUGUACAGUUCUCAGAAAGACUUGGUUGCCAAAAAUGUUUAACGUGGUAAUUCAGCCAUUCCUCAAGUGUAGAUGGGUAACUAUUGCAACAGCCCCUGAGGUUACUGGAUUAUUUCUUUAUAACUAGGCUGCAGGUUACCCCCAGGGGGUACAGGGUGGGCAGGAAUGGCUGCAUUAUCAUGUCAGCACUGUAGUUCUGUGAGCAUAGUAGCAUAAUAAAUGCUGCAUGGUUUGAGUCAUAGUCACAGAUAAACCUCGUGCUUCACAGUCCUCUGUGUGGAAAAUUGAACCCUGAGUUAUAGAUUGUAGACUACUAUAUAACACAACAAAGAUCACUUGGACAGCCCCUCCAAUGGUUUCCAGUUCAGUUUGCAGUCAAUAGGUUUUUUGUAUUAAGAGUGUCUCCUUGAUUGGUUUUGCUAGUAAUUCUGUAAAUUGUACAUUUACAAUAUGAGGUUUUUUUUUCCUUUUUGUACAAUUUAAAACUGAUGCUUCACCUUUCCUUUAAUAAACUAUUCAAAGUCA